GAGGGAAGCCGCUGACGGGCUACGGUGUCCACAAGAGGGCUCAGAAGGUCCUGGACAUCGCCAGGUAUUACCUGAUGGUGACAGAGACACUCAGGUGCACUGUGUGUUCUCUGAACUACUUGUCAACAUCUCAGACUGUCCGGAACCAGCUGGACCUGCCGCACCAGAAAGUGUUCCGGCUGAUCCUGACCCACAAGUAUGCCUGUGACAUCCGUGUCAAUUGCGUGCUGCGUGACCGGACUCUGGGCAACAGUCCAGCACGUCUGGUAAAACAGCUCAGAGAAAACCAUGGGGAGGAAUGGCUGAACAGGUUGGCACACUAUCUUGGGGAGUGUGCUGACUUUGUCGAUCGGCCAAGCCUCUUCCCAGUGGUGUGCCAGGAGCCCCCAGAGCCCAUUGAUGUGCCCACCAGUCGCUGGCAGGGACGUCCUCUCCCGCUUGGACCAUAUCAAGGCCAGCAUCACCUCCACAUUUGGCUCUAUCUUAAAGAUGGACUCAACCAAACAGAUCACAAAGAAGCUGGCUGGCCACGGCAGGUGGACUGGUCUCCGGGUCACCUCUAUUGGAAACGAGAUUGGCCAGAUCGUGACCAGUGUGGUCACAGUGCAGGAGGGGCCAGGACUGGAGAGGAUGGUGGCAGGGGUGAUGGAGCGGUACCGCUAGUCAGCUACUGCACCCCCACUGCUGCU